GCAAGCAGCAUAUUUCAGUUAAAAUGCUGGGAUCUGGUUAAGGAUCUGAAGACCAAGCCAAGGAUUUACACCUGCACAUGUUGCUGAAAUCAAAACAGUUGAAACAGACAGAGCUGGGCUUGGGUAACCUUCUCUUCAUACUCAGGCAUAAAAAUGCUGAGGAUAGCAGCUGAUGGUCUCCUGCUGUGGAUCUUCAUGGUUUUAGUGUUAUCUAUCCAUUCAGAUGGACUGGACCUCUAUGAAGUGGUUCAACCAAUCAGACUCCAUGACCUCCAUAAAAGAGCUUUAGAGUCUACCAGGCCUUAUUCUCUGAAAUAUGCCAUGAAUCUUAGUGGCAAUCACAUUGAAAUGCAUCUAGAGAAAAACACUGAUUUUAUAAGUGAGGACUACACUGAGACUCAGUACAUGAGCGAUGGGACUCCUGUUGUAACUAAACCUGAAAUGGAUCUCUGCUACUACCAGGGGAAGAUCAUGAAUGACAGGAACUCAAUGGUCAGCAUGAGCAUCUGUGAUGGAUUACGGGGAUAUAUUCAGACUGCAAAGCAGAGGUUUAUUAUCGAGCCUCUGUCUGAAGACACUGACGGUGACCAUGCGGUGAUGAAGUACGAAGAUGUGACUGAUUCUCCUUCUGUAUGUGGCGUCACCAACACUACCUGGUAUCCGUUCCCUGAAGGCUUUCCAGGUUCUUCCCGUGGCAGGUCUAAAGCUCGCAUGUCAGGACCAACAUUGUUCCAGCAAAACAAAUACAAUGAAGUUGUCCUUGUAGUGGACAACAGAAUGUAUUUGAAGCUGGACAGGAACAUCACCAAAGUGAGACAGAAGAUCUUCGAUAUUCUCAACUUUGUUAAUGUUGUCUAUAAACCACUGAACACUUUCAUCGCUCUGAUUGGUCUGGAGGUUUGGUCUGAUGGUGAUAAGAUUGCGGUGACUACACCUUCUAGUGACACUCUGGGUGCUUUUACAAAGUGGAGAAAUGAAGAUCUGGUAAAGCGGAUUAAGCACGACAACGCUCAUCUGAUCACUGAAAUCGACUUUGAUGGGGCGACAGUGGGCCUGGCGUUCGUCGGCACCCUGUGCACAGAAUCUUCUACUGGAGUCAUCCAGAACCAUAAUACACGAGCCAUAGCUGUAGGAGCCACUCUGGCGCAUGAGAUGGGACAUAACCUGGGAAUGGGCCACGACAACAGCUCUUGUGCAUGUUCUGGGGAAAGUUGCAUCAUGGCUGCCUAUCUGAGCUACAACAUCCCACAGCUCUUCAGCAAUUGCAGCUUGGCCAAUUACGAGCAGUUCCUAAAUUCACGGAGCCCCGAGUGUCUCCUCAAUAAACCGCAAGCCAAAGACCUGCUCCAGCCUGCAGUUUGCGGCAACGGCUUCCGAGAGACUGGAGAAGACUGUGACUGUGGACCUGCAUCGAAAUGCACCAACCCGUGUUGCAAUGCCACCACGUGCAAACUCACAAAGGGCUCAAAGUGUGCAGAAGGAGAGUGUUGUCAGAACUGUAAGAUUGCUGAUGCCUCCCUGCUGUGUCGUCCCAUGCGUGAUGAGUGUGACCUCCCUGAAUAUUGCAUGGGAAAUUCAAGCUCAUGCCCUGAGGAUGUUUUCUCUGUGAACGGUUUGCCGUGCAAGAAUCGCACUGGCUACUGCUACAAUGGGCAGUGUCCAAAACGGGAAGAGCAGUGCAUCAAAAUGUGGGGUUCAGGUGCCAUUGUAGGGGUUGAUAACUGCUACAACCAGAACACAAAGGGACAAGCGCAUGCUUAUUGUACACGAACUGCCAGCACCCAGUUUAUAGGAUGCCAGAAACAAGAUGUCAUGUGUGGAAAGCUUUUCUGCGACAAAGGCCAGGCCAUCCCCAAGUAUGGCCGCUACGUCACCUUCACGCUGUCGCAGGGAAACUGCAAAGCCACUUUAUACAGCGACAGUACCCAGGAUUUUGGUCAAGUUGACACAGGGACCAAGUGUGGUGAAGCAAAAGUGUGUAGUAAGAACCAGUGUCUGAGUUUAGACGUCGCCUACAAAGCAAGCAACUGCACAGCUAAGUGCGGUGCAAACAGGGUGUGUAAUCAUAAGCUGCAGUGCACCUGCGCACCUAACUGGCUUCCACCUGACUGUGUGAUGCGAGUCAGCAGAUCUCAGUCUUCAUAUACAAGUCAACAGACAGGCAUCGCUGUGGCUGUCUUUAUCCUGUUGGGGGCUGUUUUAAUUGGGGUGGCCAUCUACUGCAUGAAAUGUAGAAAGAAUCAAAGCAGUUCAACGAGUGGAAACCGUGUUCCAAAGUCUACCGUAAAUGUCUAAGGCUUCGUGAACAUCCAGUUUGCAGGAGAUAGACAUACAGAACACAACUGCGCUAAAUUUGGAUUGCUUUUUUUCUUCACAAACUUUCAUAAAAAGUACAUGAAGAGCAUAGCAUAGAUGCUGUAAAAUUAUUUUUAUUGGAUGUCUUUGCUUAAAAUAGUUUAUAUAUCAGGCUUGUGAGGUGGACUGGGUGCAUCCAUGGUCUAUAGACACACUGCAACCAUGAACAGGAAACUAAACUCAAAUGAACAAUAGAAUAAAUAAACAAAUAAACAAACAAACAAAUAAAUAAAUAAAUCAGCUACAUUAGUAAUACUCUAUAUGUAGCUUUCUUUUGCAUAUUGCUUUCUAUAAAAAAAAUACAAUCACAAACCGCCUGUAUAUCACACUGUAGGUAAACUAGUAAGUUUCUGCAACUUUGUUUCUAGCUGUUGGUGCUGUGGGUCAUGCUGCAGAUCUGACACUAGAUGGCAGAAAACUAUGCUAAAAAUGCUGUGCUAACUUUUUUUUGUUUUGUUUUGUUUUAUUCCCAUUCAUCCUUCUUCCAGUUCUGUCCAUUCUCCCCAUCCCUGACAUGGAGACCCUCUGAGUAACAUGCUGGCACCACCAUACUACAUAAAAGGGAUGGUAUUAGCCAGCUUAUGAGCAGUAAUUCUUUUUGUCAGAUGUAUUAUUGGGAAUUCUGUCAUGGAUGUUUUGGACAAUGCCAUGCCUGAACACCAGGGGGACUUUCUGGCAGGCUUUGUUUGUCUUGGGUCAUGUGUCUUUGUUUUUGUUUUAUUAUCACAUGUUUGCCCCGCCCUAUACCUGUUCACAUCUCCGCACACCUGUUCCUCAUGUCUUCCCAAUUUGUCAGGACAUUUUCUGCCGGAACAUUAGGGGCGUUCCAUCAGUGUUUUCUGUCACGUGUCUUGUCUUACUCACCUGUCUAUUAUUGGGUUAAUUAUUAUGUGUAUUCAUUUCCUCUGCAUUUCGUUUAGCUUCGCUUAGUCCUCGUUCUUCUUUCAGCUUCAGUGGUUUGGUUUCUGUUAUCCUGUAUUUAUUUUUUGUGUCUAAUAAAAUCUGUUUUUAUUUUGUAUCCCUGCAUCUGGGUCUGCUUUUAUCCCUGUGAUGUAUAACACAAUUACUUUCUACUUUUAGCUUCUUGGAUUUGUUCUGUUUGCUCUUGUUUUUGGAAUUGUAUCUUGUUUGUUUUGUAGUUUUGCUUAGGUUUUUGUUUGCUUGUCGUCGUCCCCCCCCCGUUUCCCUUUGUUUGGUUGGCCUAGUUUCUUUUAAUAAAACCCUUGUUACCUGCCAUUGCUGCAUUUGGGUCUGAUUUUCCACUCCUUGAUUUUUUUUCUAACAAAUUCAGCCUAAAAAGUUCUUACCAGUCCUUCAAGUGUCUGUCUUACCAGGGGUGACUUCCAUUUAACACUCAACCAUGAAGGUUCUCCCAUCUCUGCAGUUGAUUUCAAAGCUCUCUUAGAUUGGUCCUUAGCUUCUUGGUUACCUCCCUAACUGAGACCCUUCCUAAAGGAGUCCUGGUGGUUUCAAGCAUCUUCCAUUUCUUAGUAACGGUGUCCACUGUGCUCCUGGAAGCUUCAGAAGUGGUUUUAAACCCUCAUUCAAAUCUUACACUGGUUUUCAGAUACUUAACAAGAAUAAACCAAACCUGACUCAUUGAUUCUAUGUAGUGUAAGAAUCAUGACCAGACUGUGUAACAGUUUCUUCCCACAAGCCAUCAGACUCCUUAAUAACUGAACUGAACUGUACUGAGCACAACAUACACACACACAUCAUCUUUAUGGACUGCACAGACCUACACCACAUACACACACUUCUAAUAUCGUCGCUGUCGGGCGGAAACCUCGUAUGUCCAAAUUUGGUCAAUUUCAUAUUUUUUCACAUAUCGAUGCUAUUGGUCAGUUCCCAUGUGAGUCUGUUAUUUUUACAAGUUAUUAACCAAUCUAAAGUCUUGAAAAUAGCUUGAGCGCAAAUCUCAACUCCAUUGGACACUUCAACUAUCCACCUCUUCCUCACUCCGCGGGAGAGCUUCGCUGCAUAUUUCUCCUCAAGAAGAGUCGCAACGAAUCAACACGUCUUCUGAGGUAAAUGUCUUCAAAACACUAGGGCUCAAAGAAAAAAAAAUCUUGAUCCCCGCUAGUUCUGGUGCUCGUCUGAGGACAGGAAUUUAGCACAAGACAAUCUAAUGCAACGCGGACUAAACCCUGUGCAUUGCAGAUAAGGUACGGCGUUUUUUUAUUUCCUGAAAAAUAACGGUUUUGGAGAUAUGAGGAUUCCGCACGGAUUCCCUAAAAUCUCAGGGACCUGCUGCUAAGAAAUUGUUCAUUCUAGUAUUACUGCACGCAAUAUUGUCUGAAUUUACAGUAUUUACAUAUAGUAUUGACACUGGUUUUUGUUUACUGUCUUUUGUGUAUUCUCAUUUUUGUAUUUUGUGUAUUGUCUUGUAACCGUUUGUCUGCACUGUCUUUUGUCCUGCACUGUCUUGUUUGUAUUGUCCUGCACUGUCUUGUCUGUGUUGUCCUGCACUGUUUGCACCAGGUUGCACUUUAUGUGGCUAGGACUACUUACUAAGUUCUAGCCCUGUCUUUGUUUUAUGUAGCACCUUGAUCCUGGAGAAAUGUUGUCUCAUUUCACUGUGUACUGCAACAGCUAUAUAUGGUUGAAAUGACAAUAAAAGCUUCUUGACUUGA